GGUCUGUGGUGAGGGAUGGGGAGGGCGGGGGAGACGCCCAGAGAACAGAAAUGCCAGGGUGGCCCCGCCCGCUCAAAGACUGGACUCUUUCGCGGUCCGCCACGGUUUCAAGGCUCCCCGAUCACGUGGCCGGUGCCCCAGGACCCCGCCCCCCAGGGCUCCACAGCACAGCAGCACUUCGCGUCGGUUACAAGCACACAAGGUGCCCCUCCCCUUCCGUUCCAAGUGCGCAGGUGCGGGCUCUCCCCCCCCCACCCUGCGCUUAGCAGGCACACCCUGAGCUUGUCCUCCAGUUGCUAUGGUGACGCCAAGAGUCCCUCGGGCAGCCCUCGGCCGGCUGGACGGGGCAGCCGGGGGACUUGGCAAGGAUGGAAUCCCACCUGAUGCUCCUGGGGCCGCCUGUCAGCCGGGACCGAGUCAUCUCUGACUUUCCCAAGGUGCCAGCUGCCUACCUGCCCACCUUCCUAUGCCGCUCAGAGACCCGCAUCUCUGUGCCUUUGCAGUGGUACACGCCUGAGGCCUGCCUUCAACUCAAGGACCACUUCCAUGGGCAGGUGCAAGCUGCAUGCCAGGAACGGAGGACGGGCACAGUGGGGCUGAAGGUGUCUAAGGUGGUCGUCCUUGGAGAUCUCUACGUGGGGAAAACCAGCCUCAUCAACAGGUUCUGUAAAGACGCUUUCGAUCGGGACUACAAGGCCACUAUUGGUGUUGAUUUUGAAAUCGAGAGGUUCCAGAUUGCCGGCAUCCCCUACAGCCUCCAGAUCUGGGACACAGCUGGACAGGAAAAGUUCAAGUGCAUCGCGUCAGCUUACUACAGGGGCGCCCAGGUUAUAAUCACUGCGUUUGACUUAGCGGAUAUCCAGACGCUUGGCCACACCAGACAGUGGCUGGCGGAGGCUCAGAGGGAGAACGAGCCUGGCUCCAGCUUUGUCUUUCUGGUUGGGACAAAGAAGGAUUUGCUGUCAGGGCCUGCCUGUGAACAGACAGAGAUGGACGCUGUCCAUCUGGCCAACGAGAUGCAGGCCGAGUACUGGUCAGUUUCGGCCAAAACAGGGGAGAACGUGAAGGCCUUUUUCACCCGGGUUGCCGCCCUGGCCUUUGAGCAGUCCAUGUUACAAGAACUGGAGAAGAAGGGCAGCUGGCAUGCCCAGAUCGGAACUGGGGCCUCCAUCAGCAUCAGAAGGGAGGAGAGCUCAGCUGCGAGCCAGGAGGGUGCCAGCGCCAGCAGCCCUGGGUGCUGCUAGGCAGGGCUGCCCCCAGGACACGCUCAGUGGGGCCGCAGUGCCUGGGGGUUGGUGACCAGGCACAGUCUGGCAGUGGACGGAGUACUUUCGAAGUCUUGUCUAUCCUCAGGAUCUGUGGACUCUUCGGCUUCGGCUGGCUGGCGGCUCCAAGGAGCUGCGCCUCGGUUUCCUCGUUUGUGCAAUGGGGGCGGUCACCCUACAGUCUGAGUUUGUAAAAGGCCAAAUCCAACCGCCCCCAUGUUUGCUUUCUACUCUCUGAGAAGCUGAGGAAGAGACCUUGGGCCUGGGAAAGGGCAGAGCAAGGCAGUCCUGGGGGAGAGGAGCCCCAAUCUAGCUCAGGGGCAGGUCCUGAGGGCAAGCUCCCCAGCAUGCUGAGACCUCCCCAGCUGUGGACAGCUGCCCCGGAUCUGCCCCUGGCACUCAGGGCACCCGGCCCUCCACUCCCCCACCUGAGCCUGCCUCUUCCUUGCCCUAGGGUCACCUGAUCCAGGAUGGAACAGGGAGGGAACUGCCCAAGACCACCCCUGGGCACUGCCCAGCUCCAAACCCUGCCAGAAACUGCCAGCCCCCCAUCUGAUCCCAGAGCCUUCCAAGGCUGUCACCUCCUAGACCAUCAGCCCUGGGACGAUCACCUCCAGGACUGUCACCUCCAGGGUCAUUACCUCUAGAACUGUCACCUCGGGGGCCAUCACCUCCUGGACCAUCCCUCAGGGUCAUCACCUCCUAGACUAUCAGCUUUGGGACCAUCACCUCCAGGGCUGUCACCUCUGGGACUGUCACCUCCUAGACCAUCAGCCCUGGGACCAUCACCUCCAGGACUGUCACCUCUGGGGCCAUCACCUCCUGGACCAUCCCCCAGGGUCAUCACCUCCUAGACCAUCAGCCUUGGGACCAUCACCUCCAGGACUGUCACCUCCAGGACCAUUACCUCCUAGACCAUCAGCCCUGGGACCAUCACCCCCAGGACUGUCACUUCCAGGGUCAUCACCUCCUAGACCAUCAGCCCUGGGACCAUCACCCCUAGGACUGUCACCUCCAGGACCAUCACCUCCUAGACCAUCAGCCCUGGGACCAUCACCCCCAGGACUGUCACCUCCAGGAUCAUCACCUCCUAGACCAUCAGCCUUGGGACCAUCACCUCCAGGACUGUCACCUCCAGGGUCAUCACCUCCUAGACCAUCAGCCCUGGGACCAUCACCUCCAAGACUGUCACCUCUGGGGCCAUCACCUCCUGGACCAUCCCCCAGGGUCAUCACCUCCUAGACCAUCAGCCUUGGAC